GUGUGGACAGUUCUUCUGUUGUAGCUGUGCUACUCAGUGUGGAGGCACUCUAUGAAGCUCAAGGUCAGGAACAGCAAGCGGCAGCCUCGGGGAAUUGUCCCAUCUGGGUCUUGGGACCCGCAGAGGCAGGUGGGCAAACUUUCCGUGUUCUCGCUUCUUAUAUAAAUAAAUGGCGAUGGAGGGCUAUUGGACUGUGAAGAGGAUGUGAGGCCCGGGCCACUGUCACUACCUCCCAAAGCAGCGUCAGUUCUCCCUGGCUGAUCUUGUGUCCGAGACGAAGGGAAAUGGGCCCAGCCUCACUGCAGGAGGACAGAGAGCUGAGGAAAGAGUCCAAGGAGGAGAUGGAGAGCUACCGCUGCCUUCUGCAGGCAGGCUCCCAGCUAGAGAGCACACUGCAGCAGGUGACUGUCCCCGUGAGCAUGAAGGAAGUGGGAGGCUAUAUAGAGAAACAGGUGGCAUACUUGUCAGGGGGCCGCGGGGAAGACUCCAGCGUCAUCAUCACGCUCCCAGAAUGCUCAGCUUUCAGUGACAUUCCAGAGGAAGCUCUAGCCAAAGUUUUUAACUACCUCACUCUCAUCCCUCGAACGAGGCAACCUGGAGUCAAAUUUAUCGUUAUUUUAGACCGAAGGUUGGACACCUGGGCCUCUAUCAAAACGGCACUUGCCAGGAUAGCAGCUUCCUUUCCUGGGAACCUCCACCUGGUCUUGGUACUCCGACCCACCAGCUUCUUCCACCGUACUGUUACUGAUAUAGGCUUCCGCUUCAGCCAGGAGGACUUCAUGCUCAAAAUGCCAGUGGUGAUGCUGAGUUCUGUCACAGACCUGCUGCGCUACAUUGAUGAGAACCAGCUGACAUCAGAGUUUGGAGGCACUCUGGACUACUGUCACAGUGACUGGAUUGUUUUACGGACAGCCAUUGAAAGUUUCGCUGUAACAGUCAAAGACAUUGCACAGAUGCUACAGGGCUUUGGGACUGAGCUAGCAGAGACGGAGCUGCCUGAUGAGGCAAAAGCCAUUGAGUGUCUUCUUGAAUUGCACACUGACAAGUACAGAAAACUCAAAGAUGCAAUCAGGUCGGUAUCAAAGGAGGGUCGUCAUCUUCUCUCCAGCCUGGAGACUACUGUGAAGGAGGAUGACUCCCAGUGGGACGUGAAACUGGACUGGGAGACAGUGCAAAGGCUUCUCGCUCAGCUCAGAGACAUGGAGUCUGCCUUUGAUGGCUUUUUUGAGAAGCAUCAUCUAAAACUUCACCAGUACUUCCAGUUGCUCAGAUAUGAGCAAAGCUUUCAGGAGAUGGAGUUAUGUCUAGAGCAUCUUACAGCUCAGGAGAGGGAACUGUCCAUAUCUGUGAACACUCUGGGUGAAACAGAACAGGCUCUCAAAAGGCUGGACGGUCUGGAAUCCAAUGCACGGGAGGUGACUGCUCGUGCCCAGAUAAUCAUUCUUCACGGACACCAGCUAUCGGCCGGUCACCAUUAUGCCAUGGCUCUCAUUAUGCAACGCUGCAAUGAGCUUCGUCACUACUGUGAUACACUCACUGCUGCUCUCAAGACCAAACGCUCUCUUCUUCUGCAAUCACACCAGCUGCUGCUAAGUCUUGGGCAGGCCCAAACGUGGUGUGAUGAUGCAGCAUAUCUAUUGGCCAAUCAGCUAGUAGAUAAGUUUCAGUCUAAGGAGGGGGCCCAGGCUGCUCUGAGGGAAAUUGAGAAGCUCUUGGAGGGGGCUCCGUCUAUACUGAACUCAGGACUUGACAUUGUAACCACUGAAUACAAGGGUGUUAUUACACAUCAGCUUCAGGCCCAGAUUGUGAAAAUGUUUGAGAAGCAUGCAGCAGUACAGCAGAUGAUCCAGAACCGACAGGCUUGUCUAAGGAAGCUGGCUGAUAAACACGUACGACCGGUCCAACUGGUGGCCCCCAGGCCUGAAAACCCACCACGCUCCAAGUCCCCGCUCUUCUCUCCAAAGCAUGGUGAUGGUUUGAAGUUCACAUUCGACCUUUCUCUGCCUGGGAAAAGAGCGUCUCGAAAGAACCCCAACCCUAGAAAAAUAGAGGUGAUGCAUGACUACCAGGAGAGCCGGAGCUGCGUGUCGUACAGUCUGGAUGGAGACGACAGCCCAGAGCUCUUGAAGCGUCAUGUGAUGAAGGAACUCAUAGAAACUGAAAGAAUCUAUGUGGAAGAGCUGCUGUCAGUGUUACUGGGUUACAGGGCUGAAAUGGACAACCCAGCUCUGUCGGGGCUUCUGCCACCAAUACUUCGCAGUAAGAGAGACGUUCUUUUUGGGAACUUGCCAGAGAUCUACAAUUUUCAUAGCAGGGUUUUCCUUCAGGACCUGGAAGCAUGCCUGGAGGCUCCUGAAGGUGUGGGGGUGUGUUUUCUGGAGCGGAAAGAAACCUUCCAAAUGUAUGAAAGCUACUGUCAGAACAAGCCACGCUCCGAGGCACUGUGGAGACAGUUCUCAGACUGCGGUUUCUUUCUGGAGUGUCAAAAAAAGCUGGAGCACAAACUGGGCCUGGAUUCCUACCUGUUGAAACCUAUUCAGCGCCUCACAAAAUACCAGCUGCUGCUGAAGGAACUGAUAAAAUACAGUACAGACUGUGAGGGCACCUCUGAACUGCAGGGGGCACUAACAGCCAUGCUGGACCUGCUCAAAUCAGUCAAUGACUCCAUGCACCAGAUUGCCAUCACAGGAUAUGAGGGUGACAUUUCUGAGCUGGGCCGAGUGCUCAUGCAGGGAUCCUUCAGUGUGUGGAUCAGCCACAAGAAGGGCCCCACUCGCAUGAAGGAGAUGGCUCGCUUCAAGCCAAUGCAGAGACACCUCUUCUUGUAUGAGAGAGCUUUGCUUUUAUGCAAGCGAAGGGAGGAGCAUGGAGACGGCUGCGACAAGACCCCUUCAUACAGCUUCAAACAUUGUCUCAAGAUGACUGCUGUGGGGAUCACAGAAAAUGUCAAGGGAGAUGUGAAGAAGUUUGAGAUCUGGUACAGUGGCAGGGAGGAAGUGUAUGUGGUUCAGGCUCCUACAGUGGAGGUGAAGAUGGCCUGGCUCAAUGAGCUCCGUAGAAUCCUGACUAACCAGCAGAAGCUGCUUAGAGAUGAAGCAUAUCAACACGGCCACAUGGUUGAACACAUGCAGCUUUCUCCUCCACUCUCUGAGAGCAAACAGCAGAGGGCAUCAGUGAGUUCAGAGGAGACAGAGUCAGGGAGGAGCAGCCCAGACCCCCAGCCCCACUCUCCAAAACACCAGCACAAUCGUAGGAGUUGGCCAGGAGCUCAUCACUCAGUAGACAUCUGCGAGGGUCUGGAGGAGUGGCCUGGAGGUCGGGAUGCCUUCCACCCAUCUGACACAGAGGAGGAGGUUUUAGUGCAGCUGUCUCCAGGCAGGUACAAGGUUUUGGCUGACUGUCUCCAAAAUGGACCAGACAGCAUCAUCAUCAAACAAGGAGACAUCAUCCAUCUACAGUGUAAAGACAACAGGGGGCGCUGGCUGGUGAAAAAUCUGACUCUGCAACAAGAGGGCUUCAUAUCAGCUGCCUCCCUGCAGCUGAUUAUAGGAGGCAGUGGCCGAGAAAGCUCCUCCAGACUAGGGGACCCAGGAAAACUGAAGGUGCGAAAGCUCAGCUCCCCGUAGAGAAGAAAGCACAGAAUGUGAUAAUAUUUACCUUUGGGUGAUAAUGAACAUGACAGAAAACACACUGAGCCAUAUCUGUCUCCUAACUGAUCCUCCAAUGCCGUCUUCUUUCAUCAAGUUCAGUCAUCGAAAAGACAAACAUGGAAAUAUACAAAACAGUCCCCCCCCCCCCCCCC